AUGGGGGGUGCUGAGUCUGGGGGUGCUGAGUCUGGGGGUGCUGAGCCUGGGAGUGCUACACCUGGAGGAGCUCUCUCCUCCGAGCAGCUGCGUGAGUGGUACUUACAGUACUGCAGCCUCAGGAGAGGUGCUUCUGGCGCUCGGAGCGCUGCUGGAGCUGGUGCUAGUGCUUCCCCUCCUAGGCGGGCGCUGCCCUCUCCCUUGCAGCUCCGCGAGUGGUACGCUCGGCACUGCAGUCUCCGGAGUGGUGCUCCUCGCGUCGCGGACCCCGGUGCUGCUGCUGGAGCUGCUGGGGGUGCUGCUGGUGCUGGUGCUGCUGGAGCUGCUGGAGGUACUGCUGGUGCUGCUGGAGCUGUUGGAGGUGUUGCUGGUGCUGGUGCUGCUGGAGCUGCAGGAGGUGCUGCUGGUGCUGCUGGAGCUGCUGGAGGUGUUGCUGGUGCUGGUACUGCUGGAGCUGCAGGAGGUGCUGCUGCUGCUGGCGGUGCUGCUGGCGCUGCUGGAGGUGCUGCUGGUACUGGUGCUGCUGGUACUGCUGGAGCUGCUGGAGGUGCUGCUGGAGGUGCUGCUGCUGCUGCAGCUGCUGGAGGUGCUGGUGCUGCUGGUGGUGCUGCUGGUGCUGGAGCUGCUCGAGCCGCCGAUCUUGGAGGUGCUUGUACUGGAGGUACUGGAACUGCUGGGACUGGAGCUGCUGAGGGGGUUGGCGCUGGAGGUGCUGAGCGACUGAGGCCGUACUACGUUCCGCUCCUUCAGCAGGUUCUUGGUCUCCCGCCCUCUCCUGGUCCUACUCCUCCUCCCCUACUGAGUCCACCACCUGUCCCGUCGCAGUCACAGUUACAGCCUGCCUCCCCACUGCCUGGUCCUUCUCCUUACACUGCGCCGACAGGUAGCUUUACGGAGCGUCGUGAGCCUGAGUCUCGUCCUCCGUCGCCUGAGUCCAGUCCUGCGUCUUCUGAGUCUCGUCCAAAGUCGCCUGUCCGCACUGCCCGCACUGGUCGUCGUGCUCCGCGUCAGCGUCCUCCUCCUGUCCUUGGCACUCACUAUAUGACCCUGCGUCCUUCCACUGCUCCACAGCGCGUCCCUCUGCCGUCUCCUCCUGUGUCCUCUCUUCCUGACGUUGCCGACCCGCCGUCAGACCUUACUCGUGCUGCCAGUCCUACUGUCGCGCGUCUCCUUGACACUGUUGUCACUGACCCUACCUUUGAGUCCUCUGCUGCGUCUGCUCUGGUCGCUGAGCUUGUUGACUUUGCUGCAGCCAGUCGUCUAGACUACGCCGCUAGCCUUGUUGCUGAGUCUGAGUCUGAGUCUGUCUGUCCUCCGUCCGUCGGGGGUGAGUGUGCUCUUGGCACGGACGUCCUUGAGGACAGACAGGAGGAGUUUGAGUGCUUUGCUGCUGCUUUACCUCAUCUCGUGUCCAUGCUGAUUGCCCCUGAGGGAGACCUGGAUGCACCAGACAUCCCGACCCCACGCUCCUACGCAGAGGCGAUGGAGGGUGAGGUGAAGCGGCCGCCGGGUUCUCCGCCUGCCUUCAAGGCGCGUUACGUUGCACGAGGCUUCAGUCAGCGAGAGGGAGUUGACUUCUUCCAGACCUUCUCCCCGACCCCGAAGAUGACCACUCUUCGGGUUCUGCUGCACGUCGCCGCUCAGCGUGACUACGAGCUCCACUGCCUUGACUUCAGCACUGCGUUCCUACAGGGCACCCUGCACGAGGAGAUCUGGCUGCGCCGCCCACCUGGCUUCACUGGGUCGUUCCCUCCUGGUACCCUGUGGAGCCUCCGGCGGCCGGUCUACGGUCUCCGCCAGGCGCCCCGUGAGUGGCACGACACACUGAGGACUACUCUUGCUGCUCUUGGGUUUGCUCCUUCUACUGCUGACCCGUCGCUGUUUCUACGCACCGACACCACUCUGCCGCCGUUCUACGUUCUCGUGUACGUAGACGACUUGGUCUUUGCUACUGCUGACACUGAGGCACUCGCCCACGUGAAGUCGGAGCUGCAGAAGAGACACACGUGCACAGACCUGGGUGAGCUGACAAGCUAUCUUGGCUUGCGGAUCACCCGGGACAGAGCACAGCGCACCAUCACCUUGACUCAGUCACACAUGGUGCAGCAGGUCCUUCAGCGCUUCCGCUUCACGUACUCCUCGCCUCAGCCCACUCCUCUGCCUACCGGUCACUCGCUCUCAGCUCUGCCUUCGGAUGAGUCCGUAGAGCCGAGUGGCCCGUAUCCAGAGCUUGUGGGCUGCCUCAUGUACCUGAUGACCUGCACUCGACCUGACCUAGCCUACCCUCUUAGCAUCCUAGCACGCUAUGUCGCUCCUGGCCGUCACCGGAAGGAGCACAUGGAUGCCGCUAAGAGGGUGUUGCGCUACUUGUGCAGUACGUCGGGCAUGGGGCUUGUGCUUGGAGGACGGCGCGACGUUGUCCUCACUGGACACUCCGACGCUUCUUGGGCUGACGACCAGGCUACGCAGCGGUCGUCUCAGGGUUACACCUUUAGCCUUGGCUCUGGCUCUGUUUCCUGGCGUUCUACACGCUCUUCCUCUGUUCUCAGCUCCAGUUGUGAGGCUGAGAUCUACGCCACAGCCAUGGCUGCCCUGGAGCUACGCUGGCUCACCUACCUGCUGACCGACCUCGGAGAGCGGCCUCGUUCUCCUCCAGUGCUGUACGUCGACAACAAGGCAGCCAUUGCCUUGUGUGCGGAGCACAGACUGGAGCACAGAACGAAGCACAUCGCUCUGCGCUACUUCCUUGCUCGAGAGCUGCAGCAGCGUGGUCAGCUUCGUCUGCGUUACGUGGCCAUUCGGGCCAACACUGCUGAUGUGUUCACCAAGGCGCUUCAGCCUUGUGACCAUCAGCGUUUCUGUACUGUUCUAGGCCUUGUGCCUACUCUCCCUCACUUGCUCACUUCUUGA